ACUUCAGACUUCUGUGGUGGUAUUAUCACAAAAUCACAGAAUUGGUGUGGUCUUAUCAAAACUGGUAUCACUUUUUUUUUAUAUUCUCAUAAAACAUAUUGCUUUGAUCGUCUCCUAUGGUCCUAUCGGCUAUCGACUUGUCCUUCAUAGCCUCUAUUUUGAAAUAACUUGGAAGUAAUCAUGGCGACUGCAGAGCGUGUAAAACAGGAUAUGCCUCCAAAAGGUGGAUAUCGGAAGAUCAAUUUUGCUCGUGUGUUUCCUAAACCAUUUGCCAGUAGUAGAGCAAUGGUUGGUACAUAUAUAGUUUGCACUGGUGUUGGCUGGUACUUAUACCUUUUAAAUGACCGACUAGUUGAUAGAUAUCAAGUUGAAUCACGUAGUUCACUUAUUGCUAUAACACCACUAUUAGAUGCUGAAGCUGACAGAGAAUAUCUAAAACAAUUAAGAAAAAAUCGUGAAACCGAAGAAAAAUUGAUGAAAAAUGUCAAAGGAUGGAAAACAGGUACUUUAUAUGGUGAGCCUAUAUACAAGACAGUUGAUAAGAAAGAACUCAUUGAACCUGGUUUAAAUGAGUAUUAUGUACAUGCUCCCGAUAAAGUAUUGUAUGACCGAGUAUACUGGCACAAAUAUCUAUAAACACGUAUGUGUGCAAUUUCUACAAGAAUGAGAGUCAUUAAAAUAUUUGUCGUCUUACAUGUGUUUAGAUUCAAUACAACAGUGUAAUUUUUUUUUUUAAUAGUAACAUUAUAAAAAAUAGAAAUAAUAAUUUAUGUUUGUUACAUAUUUUUAUUUGUAGCUUAAUUAAUUAAAAUAUCUAAUUGGUAAAAAUCGAGGUUAAAAUAACAAAGUGUUUUUUAAACCUAAAUUGAUAUUCUACAUUGAAUUAAAAUAAUAGAACCUUUGUACCAUGUCAAAAGUAAAUUUGUAUCAAAUUUAUAAAAAUAUCUAUAAAUGAAUUCUUAAAAAAUUAAAACAAACUUAUUUGUAUUAUGUA